UCCGAGAUGGGGGCGAUGGCUCCGUGCGCGCUGCUCCUGCUGCUGGCGGCCGCCCUGGCCCCGACCCGGACCCGCGCGGGUGAGUGCGGGGUCGGGAGGGAAACGACUCUGCGGGGAGGGCGGGGGCGGCCCCGGGGAAGCCGCGUCCCCGCGUCGCCCGGCCAGACCCUCCCGCCCUUCUCCACCGCGUCCCGAGCCCCGCGCCCUGCUCCCCUCCCGGCCCGCGCACCCGCCCUGGGUCCGGGAGGAGGGUCGGGGUCUCACCGCGCGCCGCCCCCAGGCUCGCACUCGCUGCGGUAUUUCGACACCAUCGUGUCCCGGCCCGGCCUCGGGGAGCCCCAGUUCAUCAUCGUCGGCUACGUGGACGACACGCAGUUCGUGCGCUUCGACAGCGACGCGGAGACUCGGAGAGUGGAGCCGCGGGCGCCGUGGAUGGAGCGGGAGGGGCCGGAGUAUUGGGAGGAGCAGACACGGAGAGUCAAGGGCACCGAGCAGAACUACCGAGUGAGCCUGAGGACCGCGCUCCGCUACUACAACCAGAGCGAGGGCGGCUCUCACACCAUCCAGAGUAUGUACGGCUGUGACGUGGGGUCGGACGGGCGCCUCCUCCGCGGGUACAGUCAGUACGCCUACGACGGCCGCGAUUACAUCGCCCUGAACGACGACCUGACGACGUGGACGGCGGCGGACACGGCGGCGCAGAUCACCCGGCGCAAGUGGGAGCAGGCUGGUGAGGCAGAGGGACACAGGGCCUACCUGGAGGGCGAGUGCGUGGAGUGGCUGCGCAGAUACCUGGAGAUCGGGAAGGACACGCUGCAGCGCACAGAUCCCCCAAAGGCACAUGUGACCCAUCACCCCAUACUGAAAGGAGAAGGCACCCUGAGGUGCUGGGCCCUGGGCUUCUACCCUGCUGAGAUCUCCGUGACCUGGCAGAGGGAUGGGGAGGAUCUGAUUCAGGAUAUGGAGCUGGUGGAGACAAGGCCUUCUGGGGAUGGAACCUUCCAGACGUGGGCAGCUGUGGUGGUGCCUUCUGGGGAGGAAGAGAAAUACACAUGCCAUGUGCACCAUGAGGGUCUGCCUGAGCCCCUCACCCUGAGAUGGGAGCCUCCUCAGUCCACUGUCCCCAUCACGGCAAUCAUUACUGUUCUGGCUCUCCUUGGAGCUGUGGCCAUCAUUGGAGCUGUGGUGGCUGUUGUGAGGAAGAGGAGGAGAAACACAGGUGGAAAGAGAGGGAACUAUGCUCCAGCUCCAGGCAGGGACAGUGCCCAGAGCUCUGAAGUGUCUCUCCCAGACUGUAAAGCGUGAAGACAGCUGCCCAGCCUGACAGAGUGACAGAUGAUGUGCUUAGGUCUCUCCUGUGACGUCCAGAGCCCCCCAGUUCACUCUCAGCAACAGUGUCUGAUGUUCCCUGUCACCCUAUGGGCUCAAUGUGAAGAACUGGGGAGCCCAGCCCCCCUGCACACCAGGACCCUGUCCCUGCUGCCCUGUUCCCUUCCACAGCCAACCUUCCUGGUCCAGCAGACAGGAGGGGACAUCUCCAUCCUGUCACCUCCAUGCUGCCCUGAGCUGCAGCCCCUGACUCCCCACUGAAAAUAAGAAUCUGAAUGUGAACUUGGUUGUUCACGUCCUUGAUCUGACAGGUUGAUUGGCGGGUAAAUUAAAUGAUUGAAAUACUUAGAGCUUGUGGAGUAAAUAAAUGGCAGUGUGGAGAACCUUCCAGAA